GGAUAAGGCGUCUGACUUCUAAUCAGACGAUUGUGGGUUCGAGUCCCACCAGGCGUGACCUGUUAUCACUCAUCAAGAUUGAUGAUUACGACAUCCUUGAACCAUUUUUUUCCGAUAUUCCUGCUCAACCUCCAAUACAAUUCUCAAAUCAUCUUUUUUCUUUUCAAAUUGAAUUACGAAAGAGAUUUGAUUUGAGUGAGAAAGGGCCGGAAAUGAGCGGAGAGGAAACACUGGUGGAAGCGGCACUCCGAGUAUUGAACACAGCUGAUCCGGUGGAGAAGGCCCGGAUCGGAGAUGACGUUGCCAACAGAUGGCUCCAGGGCCUCAUUUCCCGGCCAUAUGACUCCUCCUUAGACCUCCCAGUACCUCACCGCCCUGCAAGGCUCACUGAUGUGAAGCUAGUGUCACCAAGUAUGAUGCCGAAGCUUGGGAAAGCUGGAAGCUUGCAGAGUAGACAAGCCAUUGUACACAGUCUUGUUCACAUUGAAAGCUGGGCAAUCGACUUGUCUUGGGACAUAAUUGCUCGUUUUGGUAAGCAAGAAUCAAUGCCGAGAGAUUUUUUCACAGAUUUUGUUAAGGUGGCACAAGAUGAAGGCAGGCAUUUUUCCAUGCUUGCUGCACGGCUCAAGGAGCUGGGCUCCUUUUAUGGAGCAUUGCCGGCCCAUGAUGGCCUCUGGGAUUCAGCCAUGGCUACCUCCAAGGAUUUGUUGGCAAGAUUGGCAAUUGAGCAUUGUGUUCACGAGGUUUCACUCUCCCCAUGCCUUGGAUCGUCUUUUCUUUACCCUAGGAAGUCUAAUUUUUCGUCAAGAAAAAAAGAGCUGGAUUCCCUCAUACACAGCCAAAAAAGUUCUACAAAACAUAACAUUCUUCCUCAAUUUGAAAUUUCAUUGUUUUGUCUUGAAAAAAUACCACAUUCACUUCUAGAAGGAAAAGUUUGAACUGUUUUUGUUCUUUUAUUGGGAUUGAAUGAGUCAUAUUCUUAAAAUAAAACAAAAACACCUCUAUUUGUGAGCAUGACCCAUAAUUUGAUAUUAAUUCUAGCAACUUAAGAAAAAUUCACUUUCCCUAGAAAGUGACAUUUGAAAACCAAUGAAUCUGUUUUAAGGGAUGGGAGGCAAGAUUUGGAUUCUUGGGAAUUGUUUCACUGGAAGCACCAACUUAGGGUCUGUUGUGAACGUGGGAUGAAUUAGGGAAAGAAAAUAGAGGAGUAAUUUGGAAGGAAAAUAAUUUAAGGAAAGUUUAAAGAUUGCUUUAAACUUUACCUUGUAUUUUCUCAAGAUUGCUUUAAAGAUUCCUUCAGAUAUUUGUUUAAAUGUGUGGCCCUUGUUAGAGUGGAUUUCAGCCCAUUGGGCUUAUUGUAACCCAAAGAUGUAAUAACCGGUGUAGUGUAUAUAUACUCCUGCCAUUGAUCAAUAAAGUGUAGAGCCUUUACAAUCUGUCAUUUUAAAUCUUACUCUCUUUCCUCUAACUGACUUAACGAACUGAGCUAAUAGUGGUAUCAGAGCUCCGGCGAUCUGUGAGGGAACAUGACUACCGGUAGUGGAGGCAAUCUGAUCGGAAAUCUACCAAUUCUUGAUUCCAAGGAUCUUGAUGGCUACGACAGGUGGAGCAUCAAGAUGAAGACUAUUUUUGGUUUCCAAGAAGUCUUGGACAUAAUUACUUCCGGCGUACCAGUGCUUGAGGACACUGCAACGGAGGCUCAGCGGAAUCAACAUAAAGAAGCGAAGAAACGGGAUUGCAAGGCUCUCUUUUACAUCCAUCAGUGCGUUGAUGAGAAAAUUUUUGAAAAGAUUGCGACAGCCUCCUCUGCUAAGGAAGCGUGGGACAUUCUUGAAUCGAGUUAUGCCGGAAUCUCAAAAUUGAAGGCGGUCCGGAUUCAGAUGCUACGACGUCAGUAUGAACUACUUAACAUGGAGCCUCAAGAAUCAGUAAGUGAUUAUUUCAAUCGCAUUUUGAGUAUCACUAAUUUGAUGAAAUCAUGUGGUGAAACGCUGAAGACUCGAACAAUCAUUGAAAAGAUUCUGCGUACCCUACCUCCCCAAUUUGAUGUGACCACCUCAAAUAUAGAAGAAUCCCGUGAUCUUGAUACCAUGAAGAUUGAUGAACUUCAAGGGACAUUGGAGGUCCGUGAACACAGGCUUAAAGAACGAGAUGCUCAGAAACCUUCUACCUCUGAACAAUCUCUGUUGGCACUUCCUCCCAAGAAGCAUGAGUUGGGGAGAGGAAGAGGCACCUCAAGAGGUGGCCGAGGUCGAGGCAGAAGGGGUGGCAGAGGUAGAGCCGCUUCAAGUGGUCGCGGUCAGGGUAUUCCUCCUGAAUGUUAUCAGAAGGAUACAUAUGGAAGAGGUAGAGGAAAUCCCAACUGGAAAGGAGGAAGAGGAAAUCCAAGAGGCAGUUCAAGAGGGGGUGGACGGGGUGCGUGGAAAGGCAAUGACAGUUAUAAGGAUAAAAGUAACAUUCAAUGCUAUGUGUGCAGUAAAUAUGGUCAUUUCUCUUAUGAAUGUUGGUACAGAGAUCAGUCUGGUGAAAAAGAAGAGGAAGCACAUGUUGCAGAGAAUCAAGGUUCAGAUGAAGAGGUUGUACUUAUGGCUACUACAAUGGCAGAAUCUGACCUGAAUUGUGAAAAUACUUGGUACCUGGAUACAGGGUGUUCAAACCAUAUGUCUAGUAGGAAAGAUUGGUUUGUUGAACUGGAUGAAAAUGCCAAGAGCAAGGUCAGAUUUGCUGAUGAUAGUAUCAUCAACACUGAAGGAAGAGGGAAAAUUCAAAUCAGUUGUAAAGAUGGUAAGAAGGCCCUAAUUUCAGAUGUAUUGUUUGUACCUGCUAUGAGACAUAAUUUGUUGAGUCUAGGGCAAUUGCUAGAGAAAGACUAUCGAAUUCAUAUGCAGGAUAGAUUCAUGAAAGUAUUUGACAAAAAUGGUGUUUUAAUUUUAAAGGCUCCUCUAUCCCCUAACAGGACCUUUAAGAUUGACAUUCUUGUUAAUAAGGAUGUAUGUUUCAAAGUUGAUGCUCUAGAAGAAAGUUGGUUGUGGCAUUACAGAUUUGGACAUCUAAAUUGGAAGAGUUUAAAGCAGUUGGGUGAAAAGAAAAUGGUUAUAGGUCUGCCUUCAAUACAGUCUGAAGCAAAGAUCUGUGAAAAUUGCAUUGUUGGAAAACAAACUAGGAGAGGGUUUAAAUCCUGGAUUCCAACAAGAAGUAAGAAGGUGCUGGAGGUUGUCUACUCUGAUGUGUGUGGACCCUUUGAGGUUCCAUCUUUAAGUGAAAAGCAGUAUUUUGUCUCCUUCAUAGAUGACCUUAGCAGGAAGAUGUGGGUUUACCUGUUAAAACACAAGUCUGAGGUCUUUACAACUUUUAAGAAGUUUAAAAACCUGGCUGAAAGACAAAGUGGAGAAAUGAUCAAAGUACUCAGGACUGAUGGUGGAGGAGAGUAUCUGAGUAAUGAAUUCAAUCAAUUCUGUGAACAAGAGGGAAUAAUACAUGAAGUCACAGCACCUUAUACCCCACAACAUAAUGGUGCUGCGGAAAGGAGGAAUAGAACAGUGCUUAACAUGGCUAGAAGCAUGUUGAAAGCCAAGAAUUUGCCCAAGUGUUAUUGGGGUGCAGCUGUAACUACUGCAACCUAUCUUCUCAAUAGAUGCCCUACUAAAAGAUUGAAUCAAAUCACACCUGAGGAGGCUUGGUCUGGUCAGAAACCAUCUGUGAAGCAUCUGAAAAUAUUUGGGUCUGUAUGCUAUAGGCAUAUACCAGAUGAAAAGAGGAAAAAGCUGGGAGACAAGAGCCAAAAGUUGAUAUUAGUAGGCUAUGAUCCUACUGGUGCUUAUGUUCUCUAUGAUCCUGAUGAAAGGAAGAGUGCAAUCAGUAGAGAUGUGAUAGUAGAUGAAUCAAGCUCUUGGAAUUGGGAUGAGAAGAACUCCACACAUGUACUGUUUCCAUUACUCAGUACAGAAGAUGGAGAGGGGUUUAAUGAAACUCACAAUGAAGAUAACACUUGGGAUAAUGAUCAGAAUUCAGAAGAUAAUCAGAAUGUGAGGACAGUAAGGAGCAGGAGAGCACCAAGAAGGUUGAAUGACUAUGAAGUAUUGUCUGAUGACAUGAUUAACAAUGAUGGUGAACUGGUUCAUCUAGCUUUCUUUGGUGAGAUUGAACCAGUUAAGUAUGAAGAUGCAGUGAAUGACUCUAGAUGGCUAGAUGCAAUGAAGGAAGAGUUAUCUGCAAUACAGAGGAAUAACACUUGGGAAUUGACAGAUUUACCCAAACACAAGAAAGAGAUUCCAGUAAAGUGGGUUUAUAAGCUGAAGAAAGGACCUGAUGGGUCUAUUGUUAAAUUCAAAGCUAGAUUGGUGGUCAAGGGUUUUCUGCAGAAAGAAGGAAUGGAUUACAGUGAAGUUUUCUCUCCAGUUGCUAGAUUAGAGACUGUCAGAACACUAGUAGCCUUGGCAAGUCUCAAAGGUUGGAAAUUACAUCAAAUGGAUGUAAAAUCAGCUUUUCUGAAUGGCCCUUUGAAAGAGGAGGUAUAUAUCUCACAACCACCAGGUUUUGAAUUGAAAGGCAGUGAAAGAAAGGUAUACAAACUCCAUAAGGCUUUAUAUGGCUUGAAACAGGCCCCUAGAGCCUGGAAUAGGAGGAUAGAUCAGUUUCUAUGCAAACUUGGUUUCAUCAAAUGCAGUGUUGAACAUGGAGUGUACAGCAAAGCCUCAGGGGGAGAACUGAUCUUAGUGUGCUUAUAUGUUGAUGAUCUGUUAAUAGCAGGGAGUAAUGAAGAUCAUAUUGGAGAAUUCAAAAGAAGCUUGAAAAGUGAGUUUGAGAUGACAGAUAUUGGAGGCUUAGCUUAUUUUCUUGGAAUGGAGUUUGUGCAAACCAAGGAUGGUAUAUUAAUACACCAUAAGAAGUAUGCAGAAGAUAUUCUUGAAAGAUUUGAGAUGAAGAACUGUAAUCCAGCUGUUACUCCCUGUGAAACAAAUCUGAAGUUGGGAAACAAUGAAGAAGGAAAACCUGUGAAUCCAACUAUAUUCAGGCAGAUGGUAGGAAGUUUGAGAUAUUUGUGUUCAACCAGACCAGAUAUCACUUAUGCUGUAGGGCUCAUUAGCAGGUUUAUGGAGAAGCCAAAGACAUCACACUUGAUUGCAGCUAAGAGAAUUCUCAGGUAUAUUAAAUGUACAUCAGAUUUUGGCAUUCUACUGCCAAACUCAGUCAAGAAUAAGGAAGAACUGGUGAAUGGGUAUGCUGAUUCAGACUGGGCAGGUGAUCUGACAGACAGAAGGAGUACCUCAGGGUAUGUGUUCAGGAUAGGUGAUGCACCAGUAUCCUGGUGCUCAAAGAAACAACCAGUGGUGGCAUUAUCAUCAUGUGAAGCAGAGUAUAUAUCUGGUGCCUUUGCAGCCUGUCAAGCACAGUGGUUGGAUUCUCUGUUAAGGGAAAUGCAGAUUGAAACUAAUACUACAACAGUUCUGAAGUUGGACAACAAAUCAGCUAUAAAUCUGGCCAAGAAUCCUGUGGCUCAUGCUAGAAGCAAACAUGUAGAAACCCGGUUUCAUUUUCUCAGGGAUCAGGUGAAUAAAGGGAAGCUGAAUUUGAAGUACUGUAGUACACAAGAUCAAUUGGCAGACAUCUUAACAAAACCUUUGAAGAUACAAGUUUUUCUGAAACUGAGAAAGGAGCUGAACUUGAUUUCUUGUGCUGAAAUUCAGGGGGAGUGUUAGAGUGGAUUUCAGCCCAUUGGGCUUAUUGUAACCCAAAGAUGUAAUAACCGGUGUAGUGUAUAUAUACUCCUGCCAUUGAUCAAUAAAGUGUAGAGCCUUUACAAUCUGUCAUUUUAAAUCUUACUCUCUUUCCUCUAACUGACUUAACGAACUGAGCUAAUAGCCCUGAGCUCUGGUUGGAGUUGCGGAAGCAGCCUCUUGCAUAAAUACAAAGUAAGAUUUGCCUAUAUGAUACCCUUGUGGUGGGUCCCUUCCUGAUCCUAGCUAAGCAGGCAGCCACUUAGCGGGGACACUGUGUGUGCGCUGGACUGCCAUUGAUAUUUGUUAACACUUUAAGCUAUGGAAAAAGCUUAAAGUUAAACUUUUUCACAAAGACUAUGGAAAAAAGUUUCUUACUUUUUUUAAUUACACAAAGACUAAGAAAUUUAAACUUAUGGAAAAAGCUAAAUUGUUAUAGUCAACUUCAAGUUUCCUUCUUUUUUGGGCAUAAGUAAAACCAAUACAACAUAUUCAAACCUUAAUCCCAUAAGAGUUUGGGGUCGGCUAACAUGAAUCAACAUAAGAAUUCGGAGCUGAAAAAGAUAAAAAGAUAAGGUAAAGAUAGGAUGAAGUAAAGAUAAAGAUAAAAAGAUAAGAUAAACAUGAUAAAAAGAUAAGAUAAAAAGAUAAAGACCAUAAGAAAGAUAAAAAGGAUUGGUACAGUAAAACCAAACAUAAAAAACUAUUUUCCUUGGAAUUUUUUCUUUGCCCUACCAUUGCUCUCACUCCAGACAUAUAAUAUAGCCUUGUAGUUUAAUCACAACAAAGCGGUAUAGUAAGAAAAAAAAUCACCUUUUUGAAGAUCUGCCGCUGAUUCUGAGUUCACAAUGUGUUCUAUAGAUAUUGAAAAUGAUCAAACAGAAUAUAUAUCAAAUAACAAUGAUCAAACAUAAUAUCAUCUUGUUGUAUUCAAAGCAUACAUAUUGAUUUGUGUGUGUAUCAUCCAACAACUUACUGUCCUGGAGUUAAGGCUAGGGGACUGGAUGUGGUGCCAACAACAAUCUCACGUUUUCGAAAUGGAGGUGAUAAUGAGACGGCUGACUUGCUAGAGACUGUUAUUUACCCAGAAGAGAUAACCCACUGUGCUGCUGGGGUGAAAUGGUUCAAGUACCUUUGCUUGAGGUCAAGAAGUCCAAAUUUAGCCGAUGACAUCCUCUUGUCGCAAGGUGAUGUGAGCACUGCCGACGUUGAUGAAGAAGUGAUUAGAAAAUUUCAUGCCACUGUAAAAGCGCAUUUCAGAGGUCCGCUAAAGCCGCCUUUCAAUGUGGCUGCUAGAGAGGCUGCUGGGUUUGGACCUCUAUGGUAUGAACCUCUUGCAGCGAAAGAUGUCUCCUCCUUUGUAUAGUGACCACUGAACAUGAUGUUGUCUGAUUUGAACAUCCUUUCUAUUGUUUGUUUAUCUUUUUUACUAACCUUUCCCACAUGGGCCACACCCCAAAUGACGGUGUAAACAUAUAUACUGUUUUUUCUAACAUUCCCCUCGCACCCCUUCGGUGUUGCAUUUGCUACAAGAGCAUAUAUCGACAAUAUAAAAUGAAAAAUGACUUGCCGAGUAUUUCUUUUCGUUUAAUUAAUUGACUAUAUCAUAACUCUA